UAUCUCACCUUAAAAAAUACCAUGGGUAUUGAUGAGUACAUACCUAAGGGACAGACACCCCAAAUGUUUCUCAUUAGUGAUCAGGAGAAAACUAGUUCUGAACAAUACGCACAGUCACCAGACUUAUGCAUUCACAAAUGAAAAAGACAAGGGCAUUAUAUAAGGGGGACGAAAAGGAACGACAGCCAAAAAGCAGGAGAGGAAGGACAAGAAGAUAAGGAGAGAAGAGAAAAGAAAGAAAGAUGGCUCGCCGAUCCCAGGGUACCAAACUCCACUUAGCAGGACUCUCACUUCCCACCAAUGGGACGAGUGAUGAUGCCACGUCCAUCUAUGUGUCACACCUCCUCACUCCAGACACCCAAGGACAAGGAGCAAGCGCUUAGAGUAUCGGAGAAUGAGCUGAUCUCCCUGGCUCGCUCCCUCCUGCUGGCCUGGAAUGAUCCCCUGCUGCUGCUCUCCUCUGAGGCGCCCACUCUGCCACACCCCUCCAAUGGUGACAUCAGCAGUAAGAUCAGGGAACUGCAGGACUACUCCAAGAGCCUAGGAGACGGACUGGACAUACUGGUCAACAAGAUGGGCCCCUCCUCCCAGUACAUUUCUUCAAUCCCCUUCAAGGGUGGAGACCUCGGCAAUGACAAGACCUCCCGCCUCAUCAACUUCCACUUCCUUAUGUCCUGCUUCCGCAGGGACUCCCACAAAAUCGACAGUUUCCUCAAGGUCCUUCGAUGUCGGGCUACCAAAAUGCGACCAGAAACAUGUUAGGAGAAAAUGUCAGACAUUUUGGUUCGGGAUUGUUCUAUUUUCAAACUGAUACAGAGCCAAAAUGGGGUAGCCGUUUGAAGGAGAAUUCAGGGGAUUGGUUGUUAUUAAGUUAGAUUUUGUGACAUCAUGACUAAUGCUCUAUGUCAUCUACAUUAUCUGUAGACUAUUCAUAGACUAUACAUUAAAUUCAACACCUGUCAUCUGAACCACAUUUUAUCAGUGUAAUAUACAACUCAAGAGGUUUUAUUAUUGUUUAUGUUCUGUAAUGUAUUUCAUCAACAAUAUUCAACCUAAUAUUGGCACUUAUAAUCAUUGAAUAAUCAACUUCAAUGAUUUAUUUGGAUAACACAAAGCAUUCCUCCAAGUCAUUCUUAGUAGAUACAGAGGGCUGUUGAUAGUUGACCAAUGACCAUCAUGAUAACAUUUGCACAUUAGAAUACGAUUUCUCAAGUCACUUAUACUAUACACAAUGUACUGUUUCACUAAAUACCAAAUAAAAUCUUUAUUGCAUUAUAAAACAUGAA